ACAAAUGUCCUGCCCAGAACUGUCAAAUAUUAACUUUGUUAAAGACUUUGGUGGAUUUCUUCAUCUCCCAGUGUGAGUCAACUAACUGAAAUCAUGAGGUCAAGUCUUGUUAUUUUGUCCCUAACGAUAUUCAUCGGUAUUGAUGCUACGACACAGGAUGUGUGUCCUGAGCCCCCAAAAGUAGAGAAUGCACAAAUUUCUAGAGACUCCAUUAGACCCAACUAUACUCAAGGUGAUGAAAUAGACUUCAGCUGCAAUACUGGCUAUGUCUCUCUGCGGAAAAUCACCUACGUGUGCAUUAGAAAAAAAUGGACUAGACAGCGUUCUACGGAGUGUGCACUCAAACGCUGUGAGAUGCCAUCAGAUAUUCCAAACGGCCAUUAUAGAAUUAAAGAUGGAAAUGGCUUUGUCGUAGGAACUACCAUCGAGUACACCUGCAAUGAUGGCUACCAGAUGAUGAGUCGCUUUUUUACGAGAACGUGUCGGCCGAGUGGAUGGGACAACCAGUUACCAGCGUGUGAAGUGGUAUCCUGUGCUGCAGACGGGCCCUCAGACAAACGCGUGAAAACGCAAGGACUUCCUGAUUAUGGAGAUUUAAUUCGAGACGGACACAGAUUGCAAUUUUCAUGUGAGGAACAGGGGUAUAUUUUAAAGGGACCAAAAGAGAUUACCUGCCAGUCAAAUGGAGAAUGGAACGACAAGUUUCCACAUUGUGAAGAGAUAACAUGUAAACUUAAUGAGACAAAUGACAUCAAUGUGGAGCGAAUUUCUGGUCAUGAGGGUCUGUUCAAACCUGGACAUCAAAUAAAGCUGUCAUGCGUUGAACAAAAGAUGAUUAUGAGAGACAACAGCGCACUCCUCUGCCAGGACAAUGGAGAAUGGAAUGCCUCAAUUUCAAAAUGUGAAGAGGCAACAUGUAUUGCAAAUAUCACAAACCAGAUCAUAGAUGAAAAAUCUAUUCCUGGGGUUAUAAAAUACAAACCUGGUACAAGGAUUACGGUUUCAUGUGGUGAGAAAUUCGUUUUAAAAGGAAAAGGGGACAUCACUUGUCAGGAAGAUGGAGAAUGGAGCAGUGGGUUUCCUACAUGUGCAGAAGUCACCUGUCAGAAGCAAGAACUCAGUGAUGUCCAGAUUUUAAUGGGACAUCCAGGUAUCUCUGCACCUUAUCUACCUGGACAUGUCUUAGUUUUCAAAUGCAAUGAUGUCAACAUGAAGAUGUACGACCGACGAAUAAUCGAAUGCCAGUCAAAUGGAAAGUGGGACUACCCAUUUCCAAAAUGUUUAGAAACAGCAUGUGUUGCAAACCUCGCAAACAUGAACAUAGAGGGAUGCCCUCAUCCUGGGGUUGUAUACAAGCCUGGUGACAGGUUAAAGGUUUCAUGUGAUCAGGGGCUCAUUUUACAAGGACCAGAUGGCAUUACCUGCCAGGAAGAUGGACAAUGGAGCAGCCCAUUUCCCUCAUGUGUAGAGGCAACAUGUAUUGCAAAGAUCACAAACCAGAUCAUAGACGGACGAUAUAAUCCUGGGGUUAUAGUAUACAAACCUGGUACAAGGAUAACGGUUUCAUGUGGUGAGAAAUUCGUUUUAAAAGGAAUAGGGGACAUCACUUGUCAGGAAGAUGGAGAAUGGAGCAGUGGGUUUCCUACAUGUGCAGCAAAUUCAUGCGGGCCACCUCCCAGCACGAACCAUCUGAAUGCAGAUACAACAAAUAUCCUGGAUCACAGAAAAACUCUAUAUCGUAUAGGGGAGAAAGUUGAAUACGCCUGCUUUAAAACAUUCAUAAUGGAGGGCGAACCAUUCUUGACCUGUCGGCAAGACGGCUGGAUAGAACAGUUUAAGUGUAUACCACCGUGUUUGGCGUCUGUUGAAGAAAUGGAUAAAAGGAACAUACAAUUAGUGUACGGUAGAAAUGAAAGAAUGUUCUGUCCACAUAAGGAUCAUAUCACCUUUGCGUGUAAGGGUAAUAAAAAAUGUAAAGAAAAUAGUGUUCGAUUCAGACAACAGUGUCAAUAUGGCAAAAUGACUUUGCCUGAGUGUGAAUGAAUAAUGCAUUUUUAUAAACAGAACGCUUUCUAAGUGACCAGUGGAAAUAAAAUAAAACUUCUCUCAAUAAUUUUGGUCUUAGAAGUAACGUUUUGCAGUUUGAAAGUAAUUUUGUGUAAUCAAACUUCAGAGAAGUGAUUCAACCAACAGAAUUGAUGAUUCAGUGUUGUAAAAUGUAAUAAUGUUUAGUUUAAUAACCACUGUCUUAAAGAGUGUUGUUGUAUCUGAUUGUUGUAAAGCUAACGUGCUAAAUAAAACAGAACCUAAAUUUCCUUACACAUA